AUUUGGGUCAGGUCAGCUGUAGCUCUAGUCGAAGAGCCAUCGUUAGGUCAGACUUCUUUCGGAAUGGCUUCUAAGGAUUUAAUUAUUAGGGUCCUGUGUGACAACCACGGAUGUUUGGACUUUGAGCAGCUGCUAGAACUCGCCCAGAGCAAUUUCGGCUUUGAGGUGGCGGAUCUGCGCUCCGUUCUUUUUGACGACGGAAUAAUAGCGAUACGAGAAGGAAAAGAGAAGCUCACCAGCGGUUAUUUAAUCAGGCCUGAUAGUCUGGUAGUGGCAAAAACCAGCCUGAGGCUUUGCCAGAUGAAAGCUGGACAGUGUAACCAGUGUGAUGGUUUACACCUGUGCAGGUAUAUUAUUGGUGGAAGCUGCACAUUCGGAGACAAGUGUAAAAAUCCACACAGUCUCACCUCUCACCACAACAGUCGGCUUUUAAGGAGAAAAGGUCUUCAUGAUUUGACAGAGAAACAGUUGUUGCAGCUCUUAAUGCAGAAUGAUCCUUUUCUGCUUCCUGAGGUUUGUCCGCAUUACAACAAGGGUGACGGUCAGUUUGGCUCCUGCAAGUUUGCUGCCACCUGCAAAAAGCUCCAUGUCUGCCUGCACUUUCUGCAGGGAGACUGUAAGUUUGGCUCUUCGUGUAAGAGAAAGCACACUUUUGACCAACAGGCACUGAAACUUUUCCAAGGAUUCAGUGAGGAAAAUAUUCAAAACCUUUACAAGAUCUAUAGGAAUAAAUUCAUCAUCGCUGGUCAACAAGAGAAGCCAGCUGCUGCAUCAGUGCUUCCAGAGGUGACAAUCAGCCAUCAGCAGCCUUCCCGUGAACCUGCUCAAAACAAACCUCAAUCUCCAACUAAGUCUGCCAGCCCUCCUAAACCAUUAACUGAUGCUGAGCGUAACGAAAUCUGCCUCUUCUUUAUACGCAGACACUGCAGCUUCAAAGAGAAAUGCAGCCGUAUCCACUGGCAUCUGCCUUACAGAUGGCAGGUUUUAGACCAGGAUGGUGUGACCUGGAAGGACUUGGUCAACAUGGAGGAAGUUGAGAAGGCAUUCUGUGAUCCAUCAUGUGAGACGAGCUGCAAAGAUCAACCAAAACCUGCUUCAGCAUUUAUGAGUAUUUUCAGUUUUCGAAGUGCACCAAAAAGUGAGCCUUGUGUGGACUUCAAAAAUAUGACAUUUGGAGGAUCACAAGUUCGGCGGCUGUCCACUGCCUCAUCUGUAUCAAAGCCCCCACACUUCAUUUUAACAACAGAGUGGUUGUGGUACUGGAAGGAAAACGAUGGGAGAUGGGUGGAGUAUGGACAGGAUUCUGGAAAUUCCAUGAUCACUUCCCAAACUCUGGAAAAUGUGUACAUGGCCGACAGAGAAACGGAGAUCUCUUUCCAGGCUGGCAAACAAAAGUAUGUUUUACACUUUAAGGAUGCAGCAGGAACCCAGCAAAUGUAUCAGCAGAAUGUACAAUACCAGACUAAGAGAGAUGUCCGAAGGAGGCCUCGCUUUGUGUCACCUCAAGAUGUGGAGGAGAAGCUCAAGAGUGAAACAUCACACACUGCAAACUCAUCCACUGUGGAAAAUGUCCCAUCGCAUUGGGACAAGAAUGCACUGCCUGAUCUAGGAUAUAAGCUAAUGGUUCUGUCCAAACCCGCAACAGAUUACAAUAUGAUUGAGAUGUUGUUCAAGCGCACCCUGCCUAAUGCUAACAUUGAAAGCAUCCAGAGGAUUCAGAAUCCAUCCUUGUGGAAAGUCUUUCAAUGGCAGAAGGAGCAGAUGCAGAAGAGGAAUGGAGGGAAACUUGUAAAUCAGCAGUACUUGUUCCACGGGACAGAUGAGAGCCUGGUUGAUGCCAUAUGUGAGCAAAACUUUGACUGGAGGAUGUGUGGCGUCCAUGGAACAGCCUAUGGCAAAGGGAGCUACUUUGCCAGAGAUGCAACCUACUCAGACAGAUAUUCCAGGGUUGGAGGGAGUCGAACCAAGAACAUGUUUGUUGCUCUGGUCCUGGUAGGUGAAUCCACGACUGGCAGCAGCAACUAUGUUCGACCACCACCAAAAGCAGGAAGCAAAGCUCUUUAUGACAGCUGUGUUAAUUCCACCAGCAACCCCAGCAUUUAUGUGAUCUUUGAAAAACAGCAGAUUUAUCCAGAGUAUCUAAUCAAAUACAGAUAAGUCAAAACAUAUUUUUCUCAAAAUUUGGGUUGAGGGAAUAACUCCAGCAUAGAAUGCCUCACAGUGUAACUGAUUGCUGUGAUGUUUGGAUGAAGAUUAUUUAAACACUUUAAAUAAUACAAUUUUAAAUACUUAGACAACCUGUAAUGGGAAGUUGUGAAUAUUUUUUUCCUUCCAGCUCACACUUUAUCCUAAUCUGUGUUUUCUGCAUUUUUCUGGGCAUGGUCUCUUUAUUUAAUUGAAGAUAACCACUUGUACAUGUUUGAACCUCGUACUAGUGAGUAAUGUUUAGUGAUUCAUCAAUAUUAGGUUAGAUGGGCUAAAACUAAGGGAGAUGGAGCCUUUAUGUUUUUCACUCCAAAGCAGUUUAAUUCUGGAACUAUGUUUUGCUGACACUGUGGACACUUUUAAAUCCAUUUGCAAACCUUUUAGUUUUUCAUAAUUAUACUAUGAAUCUUUUCAUUUCUUGUGUAUCAUGUGCAAAACUUGACUAUGUGUUUGCAUCAGAAUUGGUCAAUUACUUAUUUUUUUUCUGCAUCAAUACUUCAAAUGAACAGGUGUCUGUGCUUACUGUGGGUGUUGUUUUCUGUUUUGGGGAGGGCUGUAAUGUUGUAAAUCAGAGGGAGGCAUUUAGGGAGUAACAUUUUAUGUGUAUUAGAUUUGUAGAAUAUUUUUUUAUGGUUGCUGCUAAAUAAAGACAAUGCAAUCUGCA